AUGAACAAAUUUAUUAUUGCAAUCUUUGUUAUUUUAGCUUUAGCUAUGGCUUAAGACUAAUGCCCUCCUAAAGCUAACAUCAGAGUGAUGUGCCCAAUGCUUUAUAACCCUGUUUGUGCUACAGUUAAGUGUGCUACUGGAAUCUGUCAAUUCACAUUCGGAAACGCAUGCAAUGCUUGCAUAACAGGAGCUAUUUCAUUUGCAAAAGGACCAUGUCCAAAUGAUUUUGAUUAGAAUUGA